ACAGAUCCCUUAUUCCCUCGCUACCUCAGAUCCUGCCUUGAUCAGCCUCUGCUGCUUCUUUCUUGCUUAUGACAGUCUGCCCACUCCCCUGCCCUGCAAUUGCUGCAGACCCUCCCACCUCUCAGGCUUGACCCUAUAGCAUUUCCAGGCUCACCCUUUUUCCCUCACCAACCUUUCCUGUCUCCCCACAACUCAGCCUGCCGCUCUGGGGCCUGGGGCACCCCAGCCCCAGCCCUCCCCAGUUCUCUCCCAGUGGCAGGGCAGAGGGCGGGAUUUCAGCUGGGCCAAAGGAGGGCGGGGCCACAUUACUGGCUGACAGCCGGAGCUGCGGCAAGAGCAGGGGUGAUUUGGGGAUGAGGCCCAGCCCCUGCCUCCCCUCCCUUCCCCCAGUUAUAAGAGCUGAGCUCAGGUGAGCUGCCUCCUUCAGUCCUGUCUCAGCGGCUGCCAGCAGAUCAUGAGCCAUCGGCCCCUCCAGGGCAGGCCAUAGGACAGCAAAAUUCACCAAAGGACCAAGCACAGCAGACAGCAUGGGGCAGUGCCGGUCGGCCAAUGCCGAGGAUGCCCAGGAAUUCAGUGACGUGGAGAGGGCCAUCGAAACCCUCAUCAAGAACUUCCAUCAGUACUCUGCGGAGGGCGGGAAGGAGACACUCACGGCUGCCGAGCUCCGGAACCUGGUCACCCAACAGCUGCCCCACCUCAUGCCGAGCAACUGUGGACUAGAAGAGAAAAUUGCUGACUUGGGCAACUGCAACGAAUCUAAAUUGGAAUUUGGGAGUUUCUGGGAACUGAUUGGAGAAGCAGCCAAGAGUGUGAAGAUGGAAAGCCCGGUUCCGGGGAGUUGAGAAACUUCCCCUGGAAUUCUUGGGGGGAUGUUGGGAAAGGGAUCCUUAGAGACGAUGGGCCUGGAAAUAGAACUCCUCUCUCCACCACCACCCCAUUCCUCUGUUGGCCCUGCCUCACCUCUGCAAGGGUCAGGUUCUUAAUGGCCCUGGUGGUGGGGAUGGUGUCUCUGUUCAUGUCAUCCAUGGGAGCUCGUGCAGCUAACGGGCCUGGGAGUGCCCACCAGCGAGGGGCUCAGGACUGGUUGGGGCUAGGAUGGGUAAGGAUGAUGUGAGGGCCAGGUCAUCGGGGAAGCGGGUAAGGGUAGAGAGGAGCAGGGCUGUGGGCCUGGGAAUAGGGCUAGAUAUUUGGUACUAACAAGCGUCUCUAAGAACCUACCCCAUCCUAACCUCUUCCCCAACCACAAGUAGUCUCUGUCUAAUGCUAUUCCUGUAUCCAGCUCUGCCCCAGCCUCUCCCAAAGACUGUCCCUGGGCUAAGAUGGGAAGAGAGAUCAGGGUGGGAGAGGCUUUGGGAGUAAGAGGACCAACUGGGUACUUGGGCAUUUACAGAAUGAUGGUUGUUUUGUAUCAUUUGAUUUAAUAAAAAAAUAAA